ACAGCGCGUGUGGAGCUGCAGUGUGUUUGGCUGCUGCUGUCUCCGCCCUGCAGGCCCUGAGUUAAUAAAGCAGCUCCUCCUACACCUCUCCUCCCUCUCCUCCCUCACUCCCUCUCUCUCCCUUUCAGCCCCAUUCACCCUCACUCUCCAUCCACCAUGGCGGCCAGCCGGAGCAUCUCCGUCCGUCCCGCGGCUGUGAGCGGGGCCGGAGCGGCCUGCGACCCGCAGUAAACCCGCCGGAGCCGCUGCUGUCCGAGAGUCUGUGCGGAGAUGAGCGAGUCUAACGCAGAAAUGCCCACCCGGCCGGUUUUGCCUCAGGAUCAUGUGCUCCGCUCCGGUGCGGUCAUUUACCCUGGUGCGUUUGACCAGCACGGCUGUCCUCUGGUCGUGUUCCCGGUGGAGUCUCAGGAUAAACUGGUGUCUGAACUGACCAGGGAGGAGGUGGCCGACUUCAUCAGAUACUUCCUGCGCCUGCACAGUAAGAGUAAAGAGGACUGUUUGGUGUCGGUGGUUGCUGAUCUGAGGGAGGCGAACCUCAGCAUCGCCAGGCGAGUGGCUGAAAGCCUUCUGCUGCUGGAGCUCCACAGGCGGACGGUCCACUCUGUAUAUGUGGUUCAGCCCAGAAAGCGAGAUGUUCUGAAGCUGCUGCCGAAGCUCCUGCUGCCGGGAAAAACCAAACACUCGGCACACGCCACCUACAAGUGUGUUCUCCUUAAAGAAGUGUGUGAACUGUGGAACUACAUUGACCGCAGCCAGCUGACCGCCAGUCUGGGAGGAUAUCUCGUCUACUGCCACAGUAGCUGGGUCAGCUUCGUUAAGGAGAUAGACGGUUUUGUGCAGGAGUUCGUGGCGGUGGUCCGCAGGUUGCCAGUGUGCAUCAGUGCUCUUCAGUCGGUCUCCACGCUGCCGGUUCCCACUGACCCUGACGCUCUCUCUCACUUCUGCUCCACCAACCGCACUCAGCUGCAGCACAUACGCAGUGAUCUGGGUCUGGAUGAGUUGCUGAGGAGGUGCGAGUUGGUGUUGGAGAAGUUCCGUGUUCCUGAGAGUGAUCAGUGCUAUCAGGCCAUGGUGGGAACACACCUCUACACACACACUGCGCUGGAGAUGCUGCACAACUACGAAAGAAUAACAGCGGCAGUGGAGAAGGUGGAGUUGCUGUGGCAACAGGCGUUCGCCAAAGCCCGCGUCCAGCUGCAGGUCCUCAAUCUUCAGAGAGAAGCUCAACAGAUCGAGUCUCAGAUGGCGCGUCUGUGGCAGAAGCUGCAGUGCUACAGGACUGAGGAGGUUACAGACAGCAGCAGAGCUGAAACUCAGAGGCUGGAGUUCGAGGAGUCUGUUUAUACAAACGCUAUGGCCUUGGUGCGUCGUGCGGAGGAUGUAAUCCACACAUUAGCAGAGACCGUGGGAGAGCGCUGGGUUGGAGAACCAUGGGUGGAGGAACUGGAACGGCAGAAGAACGAGUUUAGAUCAGCGGUGGAGCUUCAGUACAGCAGCAUCCGCACACAGUGCCUCUACCACCACUGCUACAGCAAAGUCCACAGCUGGUACAGUCUAGCUGUGUGCGAGAGCUUCCUGCAGGACCUGCUGUGGGAGACCUGCUGUGACGGUCAGGGUGACGUUUCGGCCGGGCGAGAGUGGAAACCUGCUCUGGAGUCGUUUCUCAGAGUGCACACCUGUCCUCAGGUGGAGGAGCUAGUCCAGCUAGCGCACCUGGCUAACGUCAUAUCUGACCCGCACCUGCAGACCGCGGGCAGACAGCUCGCCCACAGGUGUAUGAAUUUGAGGAAGCUGUUGACCUCUCCUGGUUCUGCGACCCUUCGUGACCUCCAGCUGGCGCUCCAGUGGCAGUAUGAGUACCUGAAAGGCAGUCGUGAGACCGUGACCUCUGACCUGACUCCCAGGAGAAGCGUUUGUGCUGAGGUGCAGCCGGACUCUGGGUUCGUGUCUCGCUCUCUCAGACCUCCGUCUCAGUCUGACCUCAGCAAGCAGGACGCUCCGUUUCUCCGGUCAAUGUCGACGCUGGACUCGAUGCCUCCCGCUGGAAAACCACCGUCGCUCAGCUCCUUCGACUCCGGCUUUGAGGGAGCAGGAAGUGGUCAUGCUGACACAGGAAAGGAGGGACCUCUGGGCUUACCCAGAAUGCCCUGUGGCAGAGACAUCACGACCAGGCUGAAGGUUCCUCAGCUGCAGAUCAGUGAGGAGAACGUGUCCAGCGUGUCCGACUCGGAGGAGCUUGACCACGGCCCUGCUGGGAAUAACUCCUCUAAAGCGAGUAUCCACAUAAUCCCCAGGAUAACCGCAGACUCUCUGAACUUUGAGAUAAAGGUCCAGCGGUCAGCUACGCUGCCCAAAAACCCCUGGCUGAGCCUCCCGGUGGACGACCUGGAGAACUUGUACACGGUGACCAUCAGCCCCAGCUCUCCUGGCCUGCAGAGGGCACCAAAGAGCCCCAGCCUUUCAGAGCGCUGCCGUGACCAGCCCACUCAGACGGACUGUGUCCACAGCCCCAAACGGAAGGAUGGUGAUGGAGGAUUCCGAGAGGAGGAGUUCAGCCCCAUCCGGAACGUUCUGUCCAGCACCAUAGCAGAGGGCGGGGCUGACAGUACAGCAGAGGCUCCGCCCACUCUUCUGUGGGACACGUACGACCUGCAUGAUGUCAGACACGACACGUGUGACAGGUUAUCAGACGUGUCUCUGGGUAACUGGGAGCUGGAGGAGCAGCAGGAGCUCCGGGCUGUGGAGGAAAUCCUGGGCCGUACAGCAGGAAUACUACAGGAGGAGGAGAACAUUCUCGCUCAGGAGGAGGCUCUGGAUGUUCUGCUGAAAGCUGACCAUCCGGACAGACAGUGGCCUUCAUGGAACCACAAUGUCCAGCUCACUCAGAUGUCGUCCAGUGACCUGGCUGAAGCUGGAGUGAUUGGACUGGAGGAGGAGUCCAGCUCACCCCUGCACUUCGGUUACCACGACGACGUCUCCUCUUCAGGUCCAAACUCUGAGGCUCUUGCACCCACUGACCUGCAUCCGAACCGAAGUGGAGUUGUUCAGGAGCUGAAGGACCUGCAGGUUCUGGAGGAGCGGAUCUUGGAGGAGGAGCUGAAGAUCCAGGAGCUGCGACUCUCAGAGAAAACGCCAGAAAGGAGGAGGAAGUUCCUGGAGGAGCUGGAGCGGGAGAAGAAAGAAGUGGAGGAGCUGGAGAGGAGUUUGAGCAGAGAGGAGAAGCAGCGGGAUGGAAAGGUGAAGAAGCGGCCUAGGGGUCAAAAGGUGGUGAAGUGUUCCAUCAUGGAGAUGGCCUCGGCGCUCAGGAGCUUUGAGGAGGACGAUGAGGCUCUGCUGAUGAACUGCAGGCGCCAAACGCAAGAGUCAAAACCAGAGGCUAUCGGAUCUACACAUCCACGUUUAACUUCAGAUGGAGCUACGAGAAACUCCAAACCUUCAGAUUCGGCCACAGAUAAAUUUAUCUCCUGCAUGGACUCUGGUUUAUCUUCUAAAUCCAGACUUUCUAAUUCAGCCACAGAUGAAAUUGAUGGCUAUAUUGACUCAACUUCAUCUCAUGAACCACAUUUAACCACAGAAGAAUCCACCAGUUCCAAACCUUCUACUUCAACCACAGAUGAAGUUAAAGACUUGAAUCAGGAUGUAUUUGACAUUCAUAAAGACCCAGACUUAGCUGCUAAUGAAGAACCAGAACCUGUCACAAAGGAAUCCACCAAUAACGACUUGUAUUUGAGUUUGGACUGUGGUCAGGAUAAGCUGUCUUUGGUUUCUAUCACCUCCAGCUCAGAUGGAGAUGCUUUACCACAUGGUUGUCCUUCAGAAAAGGAGUAUACUGUUUCUGAGAUUAACAUUCUAGAUCCUGAGAAGCAAAAGUCCGACUUCAUCUGUGCAGUCUUAAAUCUGUCCAACAUGCAAGUUUCCACUGCUGGAGAUCCAAAUGAGCCUCCAGAUCCUUCUGAAAUCAGACAGGAGACGUUUAUAGACCUUUCUGAAUCGGGCAUAAGUGAGAAUGUCCAGUCUGAGAGCAGGCCUGAUGCCAACAAAGACCAUCACUUCAGGAAGGAUGCAGUAGAAUCAGAGAUUUAUUCAGCAGAAGGUUUGGCGCCCCUAGAGACUGGUCAAGAAAGAGCAGCGUUUGAUCCAGGUGGUCCAAAACCUCUUCCCCGAACGCCCAGGCUGAACAAGCCAUCACUACGCAAUCAGACGAGCUCAAUAUCUGAGGAACAUGUACAAGGUCGGGAUGAUGACAACUCAUCUGUGGCUUCGUUUUCCAGUGUGGCACCCUCUGCUGGCCCAAAACCAAAAGAGCGCAAAAACCCUCCUCUGAAAAUCCUUCCAGCUGUGGCUGAACACAACAGAAACAAUAACAACCCUCGCUGUGUGGAUCUCCAUGGGCCUGGUUCUGAAACUGUUAGAGAUUCUGAGUGCGAACAUGAAGCUAUGGAUCAGACUGAAGCGGAGUGUGAGGGUCCGAUUUCAGAAACAGAGUCUUAUGGACCAUGUGAGAAGAAUGAUGCUGAUGUCAUGAACAUGAGGAACGAUGAUGGACCCUCUACUAGAAGCGUGUGCAGAUCACCUGUGCUCCAGCAGCAGCUUCAAAUCUCCACCAGAGAGAUGAGUGAUUAUCUGACCCCUGUAGUGCUGGACACUGGCUCUGGACUGGUGAAGGCUGGAUUUGCAGAUCAGGAUCUUCCCUCUGUGAUAUUCCCAAACGCUGUCGGCCUGCCCAAAUACGAGGAGGUGAUGAGCGGCAGUGCGGAGCGGGACAUGUAUGUAGGUCAUGAUGCCCAGCACAUGCGGGGGGUCUUAACGCUCCACUACCCAAUGAAGAACGGCAUCAUCAGCAACUGGGACCAGAUGGAGACGAUCUGGCAGCAUGUGUUCCAGCAGCUGCGUGUUGAUGCUGAAGAUCACCCGGUGCUGCUGACGGAGGGCGUGAUGAACCCUCUGGUUAACCGGCAGCGCAUGGUGCAGCUGAUGUUUGAAUCCUUUAACAUUCCGCUGACCUUCAUUGCCCUGCAGCCCGUGCUGGCACUGUACGCAGCCGGACGCACCACAGGUGUGGUGUUUGACUCCGGUGAUGGUGUUAGUCACAGUGUUCCAGUGUUUGAUGGUUACUCUCUGCCUCACGCUGUUCAGCGCUUUGCUCUGGCCGGAGCCGACGUCACCCUGCAGCUCAAAAAGCUGUUGCUGGAGCAGGGUGUGUGUAUGCGGACGUCGGCAGAGUUGGAGAUCGUGCGCGAGAUUAAAGAGAGAUGCUGCUGUGUGGCUCCGGAUUAUGAGGCGGAGCUUAACACAGGGGGCGGAGCCAGGACACAAUCUCACUACACUCUACCUGACGGGCAGGUCGUCUCCCUGACAACAGAGCGCUUCAGGGCUCCUGAGAUCCUGUUUAAGCCAGAGCUGAUUGGUUGUGAUCAUUAUGGGAUGCAUGAGAGCAUUUUUAAAUCCGUUCUUCAGUCAGAUAUAGACCUGCGGAGGAGCUUCCUGGGAAACAUCGUUCUGUCUGGUGGGAACACUCUGCUGGCCGGUCUGCCGGAGCGUCUGCGGUCAGAGCUUGGCCGUUUGGCCCCGGCAGGGGUCUCUGAUAGCGUGAGGGUCCUCAGCCCCCCUGGCCGUGACUUCUCCGUAUGGAAAGGGGGCGCUGUUCUCUGCGGCCUGCAGACUUUCAGCUCUGCCUGGAUCAGCCACGACGAGUACGAGGAGUUCGGACCCAACAUCGUCCACAGAAAGUGCUUCUGACCCGCCGGACCUCUGAGUGGGCUGCUGGGACAAAUGUGUCGAACACGUUUCUGCUUCUGUUUUUGGCCUUAGUGACUGAAAUUUGUGCCAAAUUUUCACUCUGAAAGACAAUUUAGGGAGAAAAAGAGAAAUUCUAAGCAGGAAUGACUUUUUUUGAGGGAUAUGUGCUCUUAAUUUAAUAUCGGAAUGACUUUUUUUUUUUGUUUGUUUGUUUGUUUGUUUUGCUAUAUGAAGAGGUUGAACAAAUAAUAAAUUUUGUAAGUGUUAUUAAAGCCAAACAUGAUCUUAAAUCCCAAAACCUCUGAAAUGGUGCCGUAUUUAUCACGUUUCUUAAAUUUAUUUUUUUAAUAAUAAUGAAACCGGGUCAUUUAAAGGCUAAAUAUGUAUUUAUGUGAAUAUAAUCUAAAUCUAUUUACUUUUCUAUGUUGAUGUGGUGCCUUUUUCCCCUCCCUCUCCUCCUUGGUGUCUUACUUAAAUCUAAUAUAGCUUAUUAGUGCACUUGAUGUUAAAUGCUUUUAUUUUCUCUUUUUAGAAGAUUUAGUGCACUAAAUGAGUAUUUUCUAGUCAGAAAUGAUAUGAAGACAAACUGAGCCCCAACUUUUUUCUCCUGUUCCAGUAAGAAUUAGCUGUAAAUCUUCCAAUGCACCCAUUAUAGCAUCUCACUGGGUUUCACAGAGAGCCAUAAUCAACACCAGCACUUAUUUAUUGCAUCAUCUCAAAAGCUUUACUCGUUUAACUUAGGCUUGUAUUUGUUUUCAGUGUGAAAAACUAACCAUUUCACAUUUGCUUUAGUUUGAUUUUCCACUGUUUUGUCUUUUUUUUUCUUUUUUGUAUAUAUAUUCCUCAUGAUUGGUAUUUAUAUUGAGUUAAAGCUGUUUGUCGAUGGUGCUGGACGUCUAAUUUGCUGUAUUCUGUCUGUUUGAGGCUGAUUUUGAUCUAAAUUAUCUGUAAUUUCUCUCUGGAGAUCUGGACCAAACCCUCCUGUGGUUUGCUGUGAGUGAAUCUGAUGGUGUUUGCACAUUUAUGUGGUUGUAUAAGUAUUUUCUUUAAUAUUUUCCCCUCACGUUUGUGUGUUUGUGUGCUGGGGGGGGUUAGUGAUGUUUGUGUGGUCAGUGGUGGGAUUAGGCUGCUGGGAGGAGGUCAGUAGGCCUUUGAAAGGAAAAGUGGACAGCUCAGUGUCCUGGAAUGUGUGCGUGUCUUGUACCACUGUCUGUUACACCAGAUACUGUGACCUUUUUAAUAAAUAUUUUAAAUCUGA